AUGGCGGCCGAGAAGGUGAAGACAGAGCUCAUCUGCCCUUCUCCGGACAUCGUGCUGGUGAUCGGCCAGCCGCCACAGGUGAAGCUCAUGGUCUCGUCCGCCGUCCUCAAAAACGCCUCUGCAGUAUCCGCCGCUAUGCUGGGACCACAGUUCCGUGAAGGUCAAGAGGUCGAAUCCACCGCGCAGCCCAAGGAGAUCAACCUCCCGGACGACAACCCAGAAACCGUGUCGGACAUGUGUCACAUGCUUCACAGCAAGACCGUCCACAAGUACCUGACCGGUGCCUCUGCCGCCACGAUCCUGGAACUCGCCAUCACGAUCGACAAGUAUGCAUGCGUCGAUGCCCUGCGGAUGCAGGCGCAUGCCAUCCUGCUCGGGAAUCUCGACCUCUACGCUGAUCUCGACCUCGCCACGAACGGCCAGCGUAUGGUUGCAGCCUAUCUUCUUGACAAUUCUCGCGCGUUUCGAUUGUCCACCGGGCGCCUGAUCAGUGGCGUUACCACGCCGUACUCUUCACUUCUCUUGGAGGAAUGGGCCUGUCACAUCUCGCCAAUGGCCCUCUAUGGUCUAGAAGCUAAACGAAGCGAAGCGCAACGAAACCUGCUUCACAAUCUGGCCUCUGAGUAUCUGCCUCAACCGGACGUCGACUACGCCAGAUUCAUAACUCAAUUAUGCAAAGCUGUGGAUGUGAGCACUUGGCCGCCAAAACUGGAGUCCCACAGCAUCGAUCAGCUUCUCUCUUACGUCAAGAAGAUGAACACCAUCAACACAAAUCUCGGGCAAAAACUGUCCACAGCAAAGCUCGCUAGUGUGGUCAAGGCCUUGGAAGAGAAUUGCGAUGGGCUCUGUCUGGCCUGCGUCAAGGAGCAGAACGCAGACGUCGUCAAGCAGUGUACAGAGAAAUUGCAUGGGCGUCGGUGA